CAUACAGGUUGAAACGGUUGUCUCAGAGUAGUCGGAGUCCAGAGUUCCUUACCACACUACAUAUAUCAGUUAUGGUUUCAAGUGUCUUAUCCAGUCUUGUGUGUGUUUUGUGUGUGAUCCUGCUCCCGGCUGUUUGGGCUGAUUACUGUAGCAGCUAUAGGGGCACGGAUGGUCUCUACCAUGAUCCUCUCCAAUGUGGCUCACAGUAUUGCUGUGGAGACCUGAACAAAAUAUACUGCUGCAGUGAACAGGAAAACCGUUUAUUUCAAGAAAAUAAAGAAGGACAUUUUGAAAGGCUUAGCAGACGUCCCGAUAUUGCUGCAAUUAUAGGGAGCAUUGCAACUAUUAUUAUACCCAUUUUCAUCUGUGUGAUUCUCAUCAUUUGCUGUGUGUGUCCCUGCUGCUUGUUAUACAAGAAGUGUCGAGAAAGACGCAACGGAAUGCAGCAAACUGUGAUAACCACCACUGUAGUGAACCCACCCCAGCCGCCACUCACACCCUUUGGAUAUGAGCCAUCCCACCCAGGCUACCAGCCUGUACCUGUCCUGCAUGGAUAUGGAGGCCCACCCAUGCCCACAGCACCACCACCUUCAUACCUGGAAGCUACUUAUCCAGCUCACUCUCCAGUUCCAUACCCUCAGGGGCAGCCGAUGUAUCCCCUCCCCCCUCCUGGCCAGAAUUAUCCCCCGCCAUCGCAUUUAGACGAACUCGUACAGAUGCCCUACAACCCUUCUUAUAGGCCAAACCCCUGAACUAGAUAGAUAACCUGAUCACUGUAUGGUGGUUGUACCACUAUUCCCAUGGCAAUGUGUGGAUGAUUGUGUGUAUUGGAUUGUGUUUAUACAGCUUUGUGAGAUGUCAAAUUAAUUACAACUGGUGAAAUUUUAUAGUAAUGUAUCCAUGAUUUAAACCAAACUACUAAAAAUCUUUGCUGUAUCUUGCAGCUGCUGCUUUUUAUGUGUAGACCUAUAUGAAGAACUUCAGGAAUUACUAGUUAUUUAGUAUCCAAUUUUAAAUGAUGAUAAAUUUUAAAUUGAAGUGUUGAAUGUUGAAAAAUUCUAAAUUUCAGGAGAGAAAUACAAGUACCAAACACACAUUUCAAGUCAGGAGAGACAAAAAACAUAAAAACAAUUAUUGGAUAAAAAACUGCAAACGCCUUAAACAUGAACACGAAAAUUAAGGCAAUGUUUAUUCAGAGAAUUAUUUCUCUGAAGAAAUAUCAUUACACUGAGUUUUGGUUUAUUCUUGAACAACUGAGGAGUUUUGGAAUUUCCUCCGUAUAAGAGGCAUUUUAAACUGUUGUGUUGUAACUGUUGAAAUUAUGAGGAAAUACUAUUGAUGCACUAUUUAAAACGGCACUAUGUAAGAAAAUACAACUAAAAGUCAAUUAAGUGUUGUUUGUCAUGGAGUGUUGUUCUUGCAGAUGAUGAUGAUGAUGUUGAUGGGUUAUGUGUUUGACUGUCCCUGUGAGCUGGUGAUUCAUGUCUUUAUUUUACCUUGAAGUCCAAUUUAUUUUGUAAUAAACUUAAACUGCCACUAGA